AUGGCGGCGGCGCUGCUGCUCUCCUCCUCGCCGUCUCCACUGCUCCGCCUCCCCCGCCGCUUCCUCUCACUCACCGCUACCCCCUACCCACUCUACUACGACCUCAUCGUCCACCGCCCCGCCGACCCCAAGCCCCCCAAAUCCUCCUCCGACGCCGGCGCCGACCGCCAGCCGCCCCCCGACGAGCAGCCGCUCGACCGCUCCAAGAGGCGCUACCUCCGCAAGCGCCGCAGCCGCCUCCUCCCCGACCCGGACGCCGCCUCCGGCACCAAGCCGUCCUCCGCCUCCUCGGAGUUUGUGGAGCUCCGGCCGGAGGUGGUGGACUUCCCGCGGCUGCACGCGCGCGAGGAGGCCCUCUACUUCCACGACACCUUCGCCAUGCCCUGGGAGAAGGACAAGCACUACCGCAUGCUCUACCGCCUCGAGAAAAAGUACUUCCCCCACCAGUCCCUCGACAACGCCUUCGUCCCCGCCGACGCCGGGCCGCCCUCCGACGCCGACAGGGGCCUCGUCUUCUUCGACGACGAGAAGAAGGAGGACGACGAGGUGAAGGGGGAGUCCAAGCGGGAGGACGGCAACAACAACAAAGGGGAGGUGCUGGAGAGGAAGGUGGAGGACUUCUUCAGGUCUCUGAAGAAGGGCCCCGGCGAAGCCGAGGCGAAGGCAAAGAGGCCGGUGGCGGUGGGAGCGGAGCCGCGGCAGGCGAAGCGCGAGGUGCAGAGGGAGGAGGAGCGGCCGCAGCCGUAUCUCGUGAGCAGGACGACGGAGCUGCCGCCGAGGUGGGACGGGCCGGCCGGGACCGUCGUGCUCAUUGACAAGCCCAAAGGAUGGACUUCAUUUACUGUUUGUGGAAAGUUGCGGCGGUUAGUGAAAGUGAAAAAGGUUGGACAUGCUGGCACUCUGGACCCUAUGGCAACUGGAUUAUUGAUUGUCUGUGUAGGAAAAGCAACCAAAAUAGUUGAUAGCUACCAAGGAAUGGUUAAAGGCUAUAGCGGUGUUUUCCGACUUGGAGAAGCUACAUCAACCUGGGAUGCAGAUUCAUCAGUUAUCCAGAGGGAACCAUGGGAACACAUCAAAGAUGAAGAUAUUAGAAAGGCAGCAGCAUCAUUUAAGGGUGAGAUAUGGCAAGUUCCUCCGAUGUUUUCUGCCAUUAAGGUUGGUGGUGAAAAGAUGUACGACAAAGCAAGGAGAGGUGAAACAAUAGAGCUUUCACCAAGACGUAUAUCAAUAUACAAGUUUGAUAUUGAGCGCAGUUUGGAAGACAGACAAAAUUUGAUAUUUCGAGUUACUUGCUCAAAAGGAACAUACAUUCGGUCCCUCUGUGCAGACUUGGGGAAAGCACUUGGAAGCUGUGCUCAUUUAACUGCCUUGCGGAGAGACUCAAUAGGUGAAUAUUCAGUCAAUGAUGCUUGGAGGUUCAAUGAACUGGAAGAACAAAUAAACAAGGGAUAUUUGUGAAUAUCAACCAUGCCAUCUUGAAGAUUGUAGUCAAGAACCACCAUUUCGUUGAUGUGUUUGGGGCUUUUCGAAACUGCCGAUUGUGAUCCGACCGCGAUGUUUGCAUUUCUUUAGGUAAGAUCGCCAAGACGCAUACAUACGUCUGGUUCUGAUUUGGUAUCCAUGGAGGAAAGUUCAAGACCAGGAUUAACUGGAGUAUAUAUUCCAGUACCUGCAGUGCAAGAGUUAUUUUAAUUUGUGCAAUGGACUCUAAACAAAGCAGACGAUUGGAUGGGUCAAUCCCCAGGCUGGAGUUGUAUAUCGGUGCUACUUGCAUAGAUGACGCUAGAUGCAAAUUCAAACGUAAUUUUCAUUUAGAGCAAGUGGUUUGAGUUCUAAACGCAAUAUAUAUACUACCUUUCUGAUA